AUGGACCUCUUGCCGGGGAGAGAUGACUACCAACUGACAUUGCUUCGGAUUCUUGAAGCAGUCACGGAGGACCCACCAGUCAUUGUUAAUGACCUUAAUGUCUUUACCAGCAGAAUUCUUCCAAGCCUAGUGUCUUUGUACAAGGGAAACAAAGAUGAUGAUGCUAGAUUCUUGUGUCUUAAAAUUUUGUUUGAUGUGAUGGUCGUGAUCCUUAAUGACAAGCCGAAUACCUCUGCAGAUGAUGAUGAACAGAUUAUGAAGGAUUUGAGAUCAAUAACUCAAGCACACUUUCUCCCCUUGUACCCCAUCCUAAUAGAGGAUGAAGAUCCGAUUCCAAUGUAUGCGCAGAAGCUUCUACUGAUGCUCAUUGAGUUUAACUAUGUUAAAGUGUCAGAUAUCCUGCACAUGAAAACAGUCUCUCAGUGCUUUGAAUUUUUGCUUGGUGACUUGUCAAAUGCAAAUGUUAAUAGUGUCAAACUUUGUCUGGCUAUGACAUCUGCUCCUGAAAUGGACACUAAGAUUCUGUCUCAUUUGCGAGUGGUCAGAAAGAUCGGAAAUCUACUUGAGUUUGUGUAUGCUAAAGACAUGGAAGAUUUGCUUGAACCAACUUUGGGUCUUUGCAAGGCUUUCAUUCUGCGUGGCAUUGGGAGCAAUAAAGGCAUUGCUUAUUCAAAAGAUCCAGCUCUUUUGGGCAAUAUUGCUUUUGACAUGACCAUCGCCGUUGAUCAGCAGCAUUGCAUUAAUGAUAUAAGUGACUUUGGAAGCAAUGUUGCUGUAUUUCUCGAUUUGAUUGGGAAGCUUGAAACUGAAAUUUCUGAUCUGGCAUCAGAGUGUGUUGUUUUAUUGCUAAAGGCUGCUCCUAGAGAAGCCACAAUUGGCCUCUUAACAAAUCUUCCCAAGAUUUAUACUCUCUUGGAAUCUAUGCACCAGCAUCUUUCUGGUAUACAGUUGCUGCGGCUUCUGUAUGGGUUUGCUUUUUCUUGCAGACAGUAUCUUUCUCAAGCGAUGAUAAUUUCCUUAGCAGUAUCAACUAUCAAGAAAAUAGAAGUCCUUAUUUCUGGGCUACAAAACUCAAAAAUACCUGGUGUUGCCGAGGCUGCUAGGAGUUUAAGUCUAGAAUUACAACGCCUGCCCCGUGUUUGA